GCCUCGCCAUCACCCCAACAAAGCGUGUCAAACCUCUCCCUCAAGUGUUGUCCCAAUAACCACUACUUCUCUCCACCAUCUUCUUCGGCUCUCUCGAGCGAAAGCAAAAGGUCUCAUGGAGGGCCUCAUCCCGUUCAUCUACAGGGCCGUGGCGCAGUACAGGAAGGAGGGGCAGGUCUCCCUCGCCGACCUCCUCUUCGACGAGCAGCCGUCCUCGUCGCCCACGGCGGCCUCGGCCUACUUCCGUCUCGCCGGGGACUCCGGCCGCCACCAGCUCUUCUCGGCCGACUCCGGUGCGGCCGGAGCGGCGCGGCGGUCUCCGCCGCACCGUCGGCGCACCAUGGAGCAUGGAUCGUGGUGACUGACUGUGAUUGAAGCGCAGAAAGUCAUCCAAGGGAUAAUAAGAAAACAAAGCAAAGCAGGUGAAGACUUGCCUAGGUACGUCGUCCAGUACAUGCAGAUACGAUGUCGAUUGCUGAGCAGCUGCACGUAUUGGCCUAGCUAAGCUAAUACGAGCUGCAGACCUGCAGUUCAUGUGUGCUAUACAUGCAUAUAUUUGUACUAUUUCAAUUCAGCUUGUAAAAUGAUCGGUCCGUGAGUUGGUGGGUGUCAACUGUAAAUAUGGGAUGCACAAGCGCAGGACCUCCGAAGGAGGCCUGUGAAGAAGAUGUAUAGUGUCAGGGUCCAUUCAUGGAGUGUAAUAUGGCAAUAAAAGCUUCACCAUGUACAAAAAGGUUAUGUACACGCACA